AUGAUAGCAGCCAGCGUCCUCACCGGACGAGCACGAACGCUUCAAUGCCUCUCCCAAUCCCGGGUUGCACGCUCAAUACCUUCCACCGCUAGAGCUUCGAGUCGGCCUUCCAGCAGCGAUGCGGCAGCGCAUUUGAAGGGCCCUGCGCUGCCUGCGCUAUCUCCAAAAUGGCUCUCCGAUACAAAGCUACGAAUCGGCAAAUGCCUGACAUUUGGUAUGAAUGCAGAGCAGGUGCAGCAAGCGGCUAAGAUAUGCAAAAUACUGGGACAGGAAUGGAAGGAGCUCCUCGCAGGAAGCGAAGGGUUCUUGACCGACGAGAAGAGAGCUGGCCUGCUCGGACACAGGGUUUCCUGGGGUGAGUUGGAUAGCAUGGGCCAUGUGAAUAACGUCAUAUAUAUACGAUACGCAGAGACUGCGAGGGUAAACUGGGCCUGCAAUAUUGCUAUGCACUUAGAUCCGGAGCAUAAGCGGGAAUGGAUGGAGAUGUGCACGCCGCUAGGAGAUGGGAUGAUUCUGAAAAGUAUCAAGACAGACUACAAAUUCCCCAUGGCAUGGCCUGAUAAGGUGUCCGUCUUUCACAAACUUCGUAAGAUUCCAAAGGAGGGUGAGUCGUCGUUUGUCCUGGACGCCAUGAUAUUGUCGGAAAGAGAACAGAGGCCGGCGGCAAGAUGUCUAGAGGAUAUCGUGGUGUACGAUUACCGCGUGGGUAAGAAGAUCGCUCUCCGGCCGUUCAUGUUGGACGGAUUUGAGAAGAUCUACCGGGAGCAGGAAGAGGCGCGUGAGAAGAACACAAGGCGAGUGCUUCAGAUAUUAGAAGACGUGAGGCAGAUGGAGAAGGACUCCUGGGACAGAGCCGAUGCAAAGGAGGACUUGGGUGGAAGAACGUAA